UGCCAAAAAUAGAUAAAAGCAUUAUGUACAUAAAAUGAUUUUUGUUAUUUUUACAUAUUUAUUUUAUUUGUAAAAUUGCUUAAAAAUAUGUUCUUGAUUAUACCUUACCAAUGUCAAAGGCAAACAAGCUCCUGAUACUAUAUUUUAAUGAAAUUAAGUGGACAAGUUUUCUUAAAAAUUAUAAAACUAAGUGUAUUAAUGAAGUAGCGGUGAAUACGUGAACAUUUGGUGUAAACCGUGGUAUAAACCUCAUAUCUCUAAUAUAAUGAAUUCCCAUCCUCUUAUUAGCCUCUUCGUUUAAAAUGAUGUUUUUUUAUGGAAUUAUAAAAUUCAAAAGAAAAAAACAAUUUUGCCUUAAAAUCGUCAAACUUCAACCAUUAAUAUAUUUUAAAAGGUUUAUGAAAAAACUCUAAGAUACCAUUUUGUAGAGCAUUCAAUUUCCUAUAAAAUCCAUUAAAUAUGUUUUCAAGUAGUUAGAAGUGACCUAUGAAUUUUUCUAGAUGAUAAUAAGAAAAAAAUUGAAAAUCGUUUUUUGUUUGCUUGCCUCAUCCACUUUCGGGAUUUUACUCCACGAGCUCUACAAAUUGUUCAUCUUUUUAUGUAUUUGUACAAAAUAACUGGUUAAAAUACAAUAGUUUAAAAUUAUAAAUAAAAUAGUUUUUUUUUACAAAUUUUCUAUUAAUAUUUUUUUUAAAUAAAUGCAGUAAUGUUUAACUACAACUGCUUGAUAGCAGUUGAAAUUUUUUGAUACUCAAGUUAACCCCUAUGGCACAACGUUGAAAACCGUAACAUCACAAAAAGGUUGAAGUUUGACAACACUUCAACCGAAAUUUUUUUAACAGAUUGAGCCUAAAUAAAGUUACGUACAUACAUAUACAUUUGUAUAUAUAGACAGGGGCUUUCUAGUAGGUACUAUCAACGUACAAAUUUUGUGAUCACUUGAUAUAUUAAGACAGUUCUUAGGAAACUUUUUUAAUAAAUUUAGACUAAAGGCUUAUAUUCAGAGACUUUGACACGUAAAUAGUCUAAAAGUAUUGCGAUCUAUAUUCUUAUAUUACUUUAUAUGAAAAAAUAUUAAAUAAUAAUCUUUAUGUUUGCACCAUUUUUACACAAGAGGUACCAUACUAUAAAAGUAUUCUUUGUGCGGAGCUUAAUUGUCAUUUGAUUUAUAUAUUGUAAAGUGAAAGAAUCAGAGAGAUUUUAAAAUUUUGUUAUAUGGGAAGUAUAUGGGGUUGUCCAUUUUCAAACUGUUCGAUAAAGAUGACAAAAUAAUGUUUGGCUCCAAUAUACAUAGGUUAAAAUUGGUCGAAACGUUGCUGAGAUAUUGUCACACGUAUUGUCCAAUUUUUACACUGACUCACAGGCAUCCUUACCAUAUUUCCAUAGAAAUUUAGUUAUACCAUUUCAUGGUUUUUUCUUCUGAGUUUGCUCAUCUUUAUUUUACAACCUUAUAACAAAUAUAAUGAUUUGGCCAUCCUGUUCAUUAUAUUUAUAAUGAUAACAUAUUCAAACGUACAUAUUAUAUAUACAAAUAUAUUCUUAAAGCUUCUGAAUCUUUCAGUUUUAAUAACAGUAUUUUCGAUAACGAUAUAUAAUAUGUAACGGUUUUCUCAUUUUUAGAAACUUUAGUCAUGCUUAAUAAUGCAAAAAAGUUUGUAAAUAUCUACCAAUUUAUCGCUUUAUUUAUUUCUUGUGAGUUUGUUAUUAGCUGACGCAUGUACGAGUGCAUAUCUUAUCUCUCGUGGAAUUAAAAAGACUCAAAAAUACUCAUAUGUGUAAAUAAACAUGCAAAUAUAAUACGAAGAUGUGAAACCAAUCAUGCAGAUACAAGAUACAAUAAUGAAUAAUAGAUAUAAGAUACAAUAACGAAUAAGUAUAGCGGUAUAUUAGGGUGUCUCAAUAUUUAUACAAUGUCGCUGCACGCUUACUGAAACUUAUAUACGUACAUAUAAGUAUGUAGCUAUGUAUGAAUAUAGAACAAAAAUAUUAGCAAAUAUUUUAUAGUGAACUCGACUUAUCUCCAAAAUACCAGAAAAAUUAUAUAUCACAUACUUACAAAUAAGUUUUUGUAAAUAUAAGAUGUGUGAUAGUGUAAAUUUUUUCUAUUUUCGGACUCUGAGUUCUUCUCAAACAUAUUUUGAACAUACGUUUUUAUUUUAAGUUUAGUAAUUCAAAAACAUUAAAACGAAAUAAAUUAUAAAAUAUUUUAUUUAAGAAAUUAUAUACCGUUUCGACAUUUUUUGGAGUGUCCUAAUAUGUGUUCAUGCACACAUAUGCUUAUCAUUAGGGCUAAUACUUUAAUUUGUAUUUGUAAGAGAGAUAGUAGAGUUCUCAGUGAAUCCGACACACGAUAGAAAACUAGAAGCACCUUUAUGUAGGCAUUUGCAAAAGCCCAGAUCUUAUCGUUUCGAGAAACUUUAACAAAUAAGAUGUCGAAUAGCGCCAAACUGAUUUCCGGUACUGAAGUGGCCAAUGAAAUUCGUGCGUCUUUAAAACGGCAAAUUGAAGAUGUUAAGGCUAAGCUUCCCAGUUUUACCUCCGGCUUGCGAAUUUUACAAGUUGGUGAGCGUGAAGAUUCUAAUAUUUACAUUCGCAUGAAGAUGAAGGCUGCAACAGAAAUUGGCAUUACCGUUGAGCACAUAAAACUUCCACGAUCUGUGACCGAAGUCGAGUUGCUGGAGAAGAUAACGGAACUUAACUUAGACCCCAAUGUACAUGGUAUUAUAGUGCAAAUGCCACUUGAUUCUGAGGCUGAAAUUGAUUCUCAUAAGAUAACCGAUGCCGUUUGUCCGGAUAAGGACGUCGAUGGCCUACAUACCAUUAAUGAGGGGCGUGUUUCUAUCGGAGAUUUAAAUGGAUAUCUGCCUUGUACACCAUGGGGUUGUAUUAAACUGAUUAAACGCACGGGUGUCCAAAUUUCAGGGGCACAGGCUGUUGUCCUGGGUAGAAGCAAAAUCGUUGGUACACCUGUGUCACAGCUAUUAAAAUGGGAGCACGCCACAGUGACCGUUUGCCACUCCAAAACCAAAAACCUUGAACAAAUUUGCCUAAACGCCGACAUUCUAGUCGUUGCCAUUGGUGUGCCGGAACUGGUAAAGGGUAGCUGGAUCAAACCAGGAGCUGUUGUUAUUGACUGUGGCAUUAAUGUAAAACCAGAUUCUACCAAACAAGGAGGCUCGCGGCUGGUUGGUGAUGUUCUUUUUGACGAGGCAAAACAAGUAGCUUCAUUUAUUACUCCAGUUCCUGGCGGCGUUGGACCUAUGACUGUAGCCAUGCUUCUGAAAAACACUGUUCGUUCGGCUUUGUCGGCUGCUGAAAAACUAGUACAUGCCACAUGGGAUUUGGCACCGCUUACCUUUGUUAAAGUUAGACCUGUGCCAUCAGACAUCAUUAUUGCAAGAUCCCAAAAACCCAAACAUAUCUCCAAAUUGGCUAAAGAGAUUGGGUUGAUAGGUAGAGAGGUUUCUCUUUAUGGAGAUAAAAAAGCGAAAAUAUCUUUGAGUACGGUAGAUCGUUUGAAGAGUCGUUCUGAUGGUUCCUACAUAGUGGUAGCCGGUAUUACACCCACUCCUCUGGGUGAAGGUAAAAGUACAACAUUGAUUGGUCUUGUUCAAGCACUUUGUGCCCAUAAGGGACGUAACGCAAUUGCUUGCAUGAGACAACCUUCACAAGGACCCACCUUUGGAAUUAAGGGUGGAGCUGCAGGCGGUGGCUAUGCACAAGUCAUUCCGAUGGAUGAAUUUAAUUUGCAUUUAACUGGUGAUAUCCAUGCUGUUUCGGCAGCCAAUAACUUGCUUGCCGCCCAAUUGGAUACCCGUAUUUUCCAUGAAAAUACCCAAAAAGAUCAAUCGCUGUACGAUCGGCUAGUACCACGAAUUAAAGGUCAGCGUAAAUUUUCGAAAAUACAACUACGCCGUUUACAGCGAUUGGGGAUUUCGAAAACCGAUCCUGAUUCUUUAACACCAGAAGAACAAAGCCGGUUUGCACGUUUGGAUAUCGAUACCGACACGAUUAUGUGGGAACGCGUCAUUGAUAUUAACGAUCGGUAUUUACGUGAAGUAACAAUUGGUCAAUCGCCCUCCGAAAAGAAUUUUACUCGUAAAUCUUCGUUUGCCAUCUCAGUUGCUAGUGAAAUAAUGGCUGUGCUGGCACUUGCUGCAGACAUGAAGGAUAUGAAGGAGCGGCUAGCAAACAUGGUAGUGGCAUUCGAUCGCAAGGGUAGACCUGUCACUGCCGAUGAUCUAGGCGUUACUGGUGCACUAACCGUUCUGCUGAAGGAUGCUUUGGAGCCUACUUUAAUGCAAACCUUAGAAGGCACACCUGUUCUGGUACACACUGGUCCAUUUGCAAAUAUUGCGCAUGGAUGUUCCUCAAUUGUUGCUGACAGAAUCGGCCUGAAAUUGGUGGGUGAAAAAGGUUUCGUAUGUACAGAAGCUGGUUUUGGUUCUGAUAUCGGCAUGGAAAAGUUCUGUAACGUCAAAUGUCGUUCUUCCGGUCUCAAACCAAAUGCAAUGGUGCUAGUAGCUACAGUUCGUGCUCUGAAAAUGCAUGGUGGUGGAGCUGCAGUCACCCCAGGAGCUCCGCUCAAUAAACAAUAUACCGAAGAAAAUUUGGAAUUGCUUGAGAAAGGUUUACCUAACCUUCUUCAACACAUUUCCAAUGGUCAGAAAUUCGGUUUUCCAGUUAUAGUAGCCAUUAAUCGCCACACGUCCGACACGGAUACUGAACACAAUCUCAUAAAGCAAGCCGCUUUGAAAGCCGGUGCUUUUGCAGCUGUUCUUUGUACGCAUUGGAGCGAUGGAGGUGAAGGUGCUGCCGAGCUUGCCGAUGCAGUGAUAAAGGCGUGUGAAGGUCCAAAUGGAUUUAAAUUAUUAUAUGAUAUCCAUUUACAUCUGGAGGCUAAAAUGAACAUAAUUGCACAAAACAUGUAUGGAGCGGCGAAAGUUGAGUUAACUCAAAAAGCUGUGGAUUCUUUGAAAAAACUGAAUGCUGCUGGUUUCGGCACUUUACCGGUAUGCAUGUCUAAAACUUCCGGCUCAUUAACUGGCGAUGCCGCCAUUAAGGGAGCGCCUAAAGGAUUCACUCUGACUGUUCAAGAUGUGUACGUUUCAGCAGGAGCUGGGUUUAUUGUUGCUAUGUGUGGAGAAAUCUCUAAAAUGCCUGGACUUUCAACUCGUCCUGCAAUAUACGACAUUGAUUUGAACACUGAAACUGGAGAAAUUGAAGGAUUAUUCUAGGUGGGAGCCAAAAUUUCUUAUCAGCUUGUCGAUGAGAUGACCAUUUGUACUAUAAAAUAAAUUAUAUAUAUAUAUAUAUAUAUAAUAAAUAUAUAUGCAUGCAAUGUUAAAA